AUGUAUUCACAAAAUAUUGUUAAACGGUCAUCGAAUCGUCUUAAUUUGAAAAUCACACCAGUUUAUGAUAGAAAGGUUGAAACGAGUAAAGUGUUUUCAAAAAUCAAAAGAGCAGUUGAGGGUGCUGUCAAAUUCUGGGAGAAGGCUCUAAUUGUUGAUGUGAAAAAACCUGAGAAUGUAGUUAUUCAGAGAACAUGUGAAUUAGGUUCAAUGGUUACCAGUUCAAAUGAAAACAUACCACACUGUAGAAGAGACACUUGUAGAAAAAGUGAAACAUGUUUUGAUAUGGAAAUUCCUAAUAAAUAUUUAUCAGCAUGUCACGCCCGAAAAUAUGGUGAGACUGAAGAGGUGUUUACUGAAGGAGAAGGAAUAGCUCCAAAUGAAUUUGUAUUACUUGUGAGUAGGAAUUAUGUAGCGUGUGGCGUUAGUGUACUUGCUUGGGCUUCAUACUGUAGUCAAGAUCCAGAUACUUCGAGGCCUAAUUUAGGUAUAGUGAAUUACUGUUUAACGGAGGAUGCUAUUCUCGGAGCAAAUGAAAAAAAGCUAGAAGAUAUUACAAAACAUGAAAUAUGUCAUGCAUUGGGAUUCCUUCCGACUGUUUACAGUAACUUGCCAGAUUUAAGUCCGCAGUAUCGGAUGCCUAAUGGAAACUUUUAUGAUGUCGACUAUACUGUGGCCACUGAAUUCAAUUGGGGAAAAGGUUUAGGUUGUGAUUUUGUAAUGAAAAGCUGUUAUGAAUUUAUUAAAAAUAGAAAAAGAAGAGGACAAGACAUCCAGCCGUUUUGUGAUAAACCUAAUGAAAUAAAAUGUUUGCGUUCUCAAAAUGCACAAGCAUAUUGUAUGCUGUAUAAACGUGAAAGUGAGAUAAAACCUGAAUUCCAGUAUAUGGAUAACUCAUUUAAUGUAUCGGUAGACGAAAGAAAAUAUUAUAGAGGUUUGGACAGAUAUGACUAUUGCCCAGUACUUGAUGUAAUGACAACAAGUAAUGGUAACAUAGCUGUUUGUGAAAAGAAUAAAUAUUAG